AUGAUGAUGAUGCAAAAAAAGUUUUAUGAUGAAAAUAAUCGAUCAUUGAACUAUACGAAAAGCGAUCAAUGUCAAGAUAAUAUUUCUAUUGAUAAUGAUGAGUAUUAUAGACAAAUCUUACAUUCAAAUGAACAUUUUAAUUAUAAUAAGGAUAUUACGUUUAAAAUUAUCUUCGCAAAUCGAUUUUGUUUAAUUUUAUUUAUUUUUCUAAUUUUAACAUCGCAAUCGAAUGCUUUACCUAUGUAUCAAACAUUAAGAAUACCUUUUGAUUCUAAUCAAUCGGGAAACUUAUCUCCUACUCAAAAACCUUUACCUACGGCGAUGGUUAAAAUAACGGAUCGUUCUAUGUAUCCUCAACACUACUACAAAGUUCAUCGACGUAUCUCGAAACCAAUUCAACCGCACCUUUCUCAUAUCCCGAGUUAUUCGAAUGGUGCUGGUAUUAAGAUUUAUGAUCAAACAAAUACGAAUCGUCAACAAGAACAACCAUGGUUAAUUACUUUUCAAAAUCCUAACGAACAACAGCAAACAAUACAAUUAAAACGUGAACGACAACGCCGAGCAAUGAUUGAAAAAAUGGUUACAUUAUUUGAUGAAGAUGGUAAUGGACAUUUAGAAAAAGAUGAAUUAUAUUCGAUGGCUUUACGUUCGCAUGCGUUCCCAAAAUUUUAUCAGUAUCUUAAACAAACAUCCUCAUAA